AUGAGCUCGGUUUUACAAGGAACAAGAUUGUUCUCCUUGUUGCAUCAGAAUUCGAAAGCCUUAAUUCAGGCUAAGCAAAUCCAUGCUCAAUUGAUCAUCAAUGGCUGCCGAGACAAUUCUCUCUUCGGCAAACUCGUAGGCCAUUACUGCUCGAAGCCAUCGCCAGAAAGCUCAAAGCUUGCUCAUUUACUGGUGUUCCCUCGAUUCCGUCACCAUCCUGACAAGUUUCUCUUCAACACACUGCUCAAAUGCAGCAAACCAGAGGACUCGAUUCGGAUUUUCGCUAACUGGGCAUCGAAAAGUUCGUUGCUUUACCUCAACGAGCGCACGUUUGUCUUCCUUCUCGGCGCUUGUGCUAGGUCAGCUUCGGCGUCGCGGGUCGGUAGGAUCGUUCAUGGGAUGAUUAUAAAGCUUGGGUUUUUCUCUGAAUCUGAAUUGAUCGGAACCACUCUGCUCCAUUUCUACGCGAAGAACGGAGAUUUACGUUACGCGAGGAAAGUGUUCGACGAAAUGCCUGAGAGAACCUCUGUCACAUGGAACGCGAUGAUCGGAGGUUAUUGUUCGCGUAAGGACAAAGGGAAUCACAACGCGAGGAAAGCUAUGAUUCUGUUUCGGAGAUUCUCAAGCUGUGGCGGUGGUGAUGAUGGAGUGAGACCUACCGAUACAACCAUGGUUUGUGUUCUUUCAGCCAUUGCUCAGACGGGUUUGCUAGAGAUUGGCUCUCUUGUCCAUGGUUACAUUGAGAAACUCGGUUUCUCACCCGAAGUCGAUGUCUUUGUUGGUACUGGACUAGUAGACAUGUACUCGAAAUGCGGCUGCUUGAACAGCGCUAUCUCCGUGUUCGAGCUGAUGAGAGUGAAGAAUGUCUUGACAUGGACUUCAAUGGCAACAGGGCUAGCUCUCAACGGGAGAGGAAACGAAACGCCGGAACUCCUAAACCGGAUGGCGGAAUCUGGGAUUAAACCGAACGAAGUAACGUUCACUAGCUUGCUUUCGGCUUAUCGACAUAUAGGUCUUGUUCAAGAAGGGCUCGAGUUGUUUCAGAGCAUGAGGACAAGGUUUGGUGUCACGCCGGUGAUUCAACACUACGGGUGCAUAGUUGAUCUUCUCGGUAAAGCAGGGCGGUUGCAAGAAGCGUAUGAAUUUGUAUUAGCUUUGCCUGUAAGACCUGACGCUAUCUUGUUGAGAAGUCUCUGCAAUGCCUGUAGCAUAUAUGGAGAGAGUGUGAUGGGUGAAGAAGUUGGAAAGGCUCUUUUGGAGAUGGAACACAAGGAGAAGAAGGUUUCAGGUUCUGAGUGUGAAGAUUAUGUCGCUUUGUCGAAUUUGUUAGCUUCUGAAGGGAAAUGGGUAGAGGUAGAGAAGCUGCGGAAAGAGAUGAAAGAGAGACGAAUCAGAACAAGACCUGGUUACAGUUUUGUUUGA